ACGGAGCGCACACCGCACUGCCUUUUCGCCAGACGUCGCUAGCGGAAGGCUACUGGCAUGGCUUGAUGAAACGCACCUCAUCGAGCGUCCGUGCUGCUGGCUUGCAGUUUACAUCGAAAACAGAGAACUGGAGAACUCUAGGAUAGAACACUCCCUUAGAGACCAUCUACAAAAUGGGAAUGCACGAACAUGACGAUCGAAUAACUAUAACGUGUUCAGAGGCACUUGCAAUGCUGGACAGCAGCGCUCUUGGCGACGCGCGAAGCAACGAAUCGCCCACAGCAUAAAUGAGCUCUGGACCACACCUCGGUGGGGCUAUGGUGGGACCAAGGCAGCAACAGCGAAAUAUGGCGGAUAAAUCGGAAGCUGGACUAGAUAGCAAAGCUCUACAUUCGUUACGCGUCGUCGACCUCAGAUCUGCACUUGAGAAACGAGGACUACCGAAAAGUGGGAGCAAGAAGGAACUCGUUGAGCGACUGAAGCUGCAACUUAAGAUAGAGAAACUGCACGAGGAGUCUGUGAAAGCUGAAGAUCGUGUGCCCAACCUUGACCUCCAAGAUGAACUGACUGGACAGAAUGACUUUGUCAGGCAGUACUUGGCAGCCCAACAACAAACGUAUGCAAUGCAACUUAAAGAGCGCAGACUGGCUGAGAUGCUGUUAGGAACGGCCUGCAGAGGUGCCGACAUGCAAAGUUUUCUCAGCCAGCUGCAGCUGCGAUCGUGGCGAGCUUCCCCGAAGCGACCAUGGAAGCCUUCACCACCUGCC